CGCUCGGACAGCACUGAGAAUGGCAGCCAACGGGAACCAGCCGGCGGAUACGGUGGCCGUCGUGGCGGUGCCGUUCCCGGCGCAUGGCCACCUCAACCAGCUGCUGCACCUGUGCCUCCAGCUCGCGUCGCACGGGCUGACGGUCUACUACGCCGCGCCGGCGCCGCACGUCCGCCAGGCAAAGGCGCGCGUGCAAGGCUGGGGCGACGAGGCCCUCCUCUCCAUCCAGUUCCACGACCUCGACAUCUCCGCGUUCGUCUCCCCGCCUCCCGACCCGGCCGCCGACACGCCCUUCCCCUCCCACUUCAUGCCCCUCUGGGAGACGUACACGGCGGGCGCUCGCGCCCCGCUCUCGGCGCUCCUUGACAGGGUGUCCGCUUCCUUCCGCCGGGCCGUCGUCGUCACCGACACCAUGAAUGCCUUCGCCGUCGAGGAGGCGGCGCGGCUGCCCAACGGCGAGGCGUUCGGGUUGAACUGCACGGCCAUCUCGACCGUCCUAUUGAACAUGGGCACCGGCCACCGGCUCCUGCGCGAGAAUGACCUCCACUAUGUCCCCAUGAACACCUACAUGACGGAGGAGUUGGAGGAUUACGUGAACGAACGGGCCCGACCGUGGCAAUCGUUUUCGUCCAGCGCCGGCAUGCUCGCGAACACGUGCCGAGCGCUCGAGGGUGAUUUCAUCGACGCUUUCGCCGAGAACCUGCAGGCUGAUGGCAACAGGAAGCUCUUCGCGGUCGGGCCGCUAAACCCAGUGCUCGACAUGGGCACACUGAAGCAGCAGCAGCUGGGCCGGCGGCGGCACGAAUGCCUUGACUGGCUCGACAAGCAGCCCGCGGAAUCUGUGCUCUACGUGUCGUUCGGCACGACGUCCUCCCUUCGAGUGGAGCAGGUCGCAGAGCUCGCCGCCGCACUGCACGGCAGCAGGCAGCGGUUCAUCUGGGUGCUGCGCGACGCCGACCGUGGGAACAUAUUCGCGGACUCCGGCGAGAGCGAGCGCCGGUACGCGGAGCUUCAGUCCAGGUUCUCCAAGCAAACCGAAGGCACGGGGCUGGUGAUCACUGGGUGGGCGCCGCAGCUGGACAUCCUCGCGCACGCCGCCACGGCGGCGUUCAUGAGCCACUGCGGCUGGAACUCGACCAUGGAGAGCCUGAGCCACGGGAAGCCGAUUCUUGCGUGGCCCAUGCACUCCGACCAGCCAUGGGACGCCGAGCUGGUAUGCAAAUACUUCAAGGCCGGCCUGCUAGUGAGGCCAUGGGAGAAGCACGGCGAGGUGGUGCCGGCGACAACCAUACAGGAGGUGAUCGAAAAGUUGAUGGACUCUGAGGAAGGGUUGGCGGUGCGGCAGCGCGCCAAGGAGCUCGGUGAUGCCGUCCGUUCAUCGCGCAGUGACCUGGAUGACUUCAUUGCUCACAUCACAAGGUGAUCAAAGAACGCCGUGUCAAAAAAACAACCUUUAAACUUAUGGAGUGGCGGUUUGAUUUCAAUUUGGAGUUUAACGGAUCCAAGUAAAUGGUUCUCGAGUCUUAAAUCAGGUGACUCUGUAUUUGGGUCGAAUGAAAUAAACAUAUGGUGUUGUAAACUUGGAGAUGUCCAACUCAUUCCAGUUUUCUACAGGGUGUACCUUGGUUGUAUUUUUUUAAUAAAAGAUUA